AUGCCAGCAAAUAUAAACUGUAAGAAGAAAUGGCAUCCGAGCAGAUACGAGACACAGAUAAGGGUCAGGGAGGCCGAAAAGGCUAUAGAAAAAAGUAAGAUUCAAGAAGAUACAAGAAGAGAGCUUGGAAGAAGAGAAGUACUUGAAUCAGAAAUACAUGGCGAGUACACUGAAAGAAUGCAAUGGAUGUUGUAG